GUAUGGAUCCUUAGCACCAUCCCUUGGGUGCUGCGGCUAGAGCCCCUAUGCAUGCGCCCGGCUUUUGGCUUCCUGUGUCGUUCAACCUGUUCGCCUUUUGGCUCAGCGAACAACGCCAUGGAGGAUGACGUUCCCGCGGACGCGGGAGGAGAUGACGUGCACGGCCUGGAGGUGUUGCCUCAGUUGCGGUAUCCCUUGCGAGAAGCCCUGCUCUCCUUGAACGACUCGGUGCAUGGGCUGCCCUCCGUCCGGACGGCCUGCGCCGAGUCGGCGCAGUUGGCCUCACCAGGGCCUUACAAGGUGGGUAGUACCGAGAAGAGCCGCGCCUUGAAGAAGUUGGGCCGACUGAAGCGCCGCGGGGAGCACCUGGGCCGCGGCUAUGCGGAGGAGCGACCGCUGUUGACGCCGCGGCCGCCGGCGGACGAGGAGCGACCCAAGUCGGUGCCCAAGACGGUGCCCUCAGCGGUGAGCCGGCAGAGGCUGGAGAUGAUCCGCUCCACACAGCACACAGCAGUGGAGACCUGGGAGCUGCACGCCUCGCAGAGCGCACCGGAGCUGACAGGCUCCUCGUGGAUGUGCCGCAGCUCCGUUGGAUCGCCCAGACCCCACGUCCGGUCCACUUGGACCAGUGCCGCGCGGGCAGCUCUGGGGCAUGGCCGGCGCCAUGCCACGCGGCCGCGCGGGGAAGGAGACGCAUAUGAGGCUCCUCCAGCAGGCCUCUCCAGGGACUCUUCCUGGUGUGCAGCCUCCUUAGCUACAUUCCCAAACCUGCCGAAGACAGUAAGGGAGUGGGCUGGUAGCGGCUUGGAGUUCGCCGACUGCGGCUUGGGCAUCGGCAGCCGCGAGAACCCCGAGGUGAAGAAUUUGGUUCAACGCUCCCCUGGCUUCAACUAUGAUGUGAAGUGCGGCAACCUUGGGCUAUGGAAUCCUGACGCGUCGCUGCCCACGAAGCAACCGUUGUCGCAGCACUUCUCGUCGGCCUCGGCACGCUUCGGCGCCCGCCGGGACCCUGCCCAGCGCUACGAGCGCCGUCCUGGGCCUGGCUACUACGACCUGCCCGGGUUCACGGACGAACUCCUCCGCAAGGCGGCGCAACGGCCGCGGCAAGUGGUCCCAUGAGGGUGUGCUUCACGACUGAGACGAUUGCUGAUCAGGUUCCACAGAACAUAGAACUUACUCUUGAGCCCUGGUGCGCAUCUUAGGCCCCUCUGAACUGCGCCAGAGGGAGGCCAUGGCCAGUUUGAUGUUUCGGGUGGUCCUAGGGCAGGUUGUAGGGUGUUGUCC